AUGGGUCGCGUUAUUCGCAAUCAGCGCAAGGGCGCUGGCGGCAUCUUCAAGGCCGUCACCCGUCUUCGCAAGAACCCCGCCAAGUUCCGCAGCCUCGACUUUGCAGAGCGCCACGGCUACAUCCGCGGCAUUGUGCGCGAGAUCAUCCACGACCCCGGUCGUGGUGCACCGCUCGCCCGCGUCGUGUUCCGUGACCCGUACCGGUUCAAGCUGCGGUCCGAGACCUUGAUCGCCAACGAGGGCAUGUACACGGGCCAGUUCAUCUACGCCGGCAAGAACGCCGCCCUGACGAUUGGCAACAUCCUGCCGCUCGGCGUCGUACCCGAGGGUACCGUCGUGACCAACGUGGAGGAGAAGGCUGGCGACCGUGGUAGCCUCGGCCGCACGUCCGGCAACUACAUUACUGUUGUCGGCCACAACCCGGAUGAGGGCAAGACCCGCAUCAAGCUGCCGUCUGGCGCCAAGAAGGUUGUCAGCAGCAAGGCCCGCGGCAUGAUCGGCAUUGUUGCCGGUGGUGGCCGUACCGACAAGCCCCUGCUGAAGGCGUCGCGUGCCAAGCACAAGUUCGCUGUCAAGCGCAACAAGUGGCCCCGGACUCGUGGUGUGGCCAUGAACCCCGUCGACCAUCCCCACGGUGGUGGUAACCACCAGCACAUCGGUAAGGCCUCUACCAUCUCCAGAUACGCCACCCAGGGCCAGAAGGUCGGUCUUAUUGCCGCGAGGAGGACGGGUCUGCUGCGUGGUACCCAGAAGACGAAGGACUAA